CCGGGGCUCGGCGGGGAUAUUUGAGGCUCCCUCCGGCGCCGUCGCUGCCACUCCGCGCUCGCCGCCGCGCCGGGCACAUGCGGUUCUCGGGGCCGCGGCGAGCAGCGCGCUGGGCCCGGGUGCGGCACCCGGCGGGGGAGGACGCGGCGGCGGCGGCGGGGGGAAGGCACGACCAUGUGCGCGGAGCUCGGCGGAAAGCUGGUGGCCCCGGCGCUGCUGCUGCUGCUGGCCACGGCCCUGCUGCUGGCCAGCGCCAGGGCGGCCGCGGGCACUGAGGCCACGCACCCGCCGGAGGGGCCGCAGGACAGGACCCCGCAGCAGAAGGGGCGCCUGUCCCUGCAGAACACAGCUGAAAUCCAGCACUGCCUGGUAAAUGCUGGCGAUGUGGGAUGUGGAGUGUUUGAAUGCUUUGAAAACAAUUCUUGCGAGAUCCGAGGCUUACACGAGAUCUGCAUGACAUUCCUGCACAACGCUGGAAAAUUCGAUGCCCAGGGAAAAUCCUUCAUUAAAGACGCUCUGAAGUGUAAGGCUCAUGCCUUGAGGCAUAAAUUCAGCUGCAUCAGCCGUAAGUGCCCUGCCAUUAAAGAGAUGGUGUUCCAGUUACAGCGGGAGUGCUACCUGAAGCAUGACCUCUGCUCUGCUGCCAAGGAGAACGUCCAGGUCAUUGUGGAGAUGAUUCACUUCAAAGACCUGCUGCAGCAUGAGCCAUAUGUUGACCUAGUGAAUAUCCUGCUCACCUGUGGCGAGGAGGUGAAAAAGGCAAUAACAAGAAGCGUCCAGGCCCAGUGUGAACAGAACUGGGGAAGUCUCUGCUCCAUCCUGAGCUUCUGCACCUCGGCUGUGCAUGGUGACGCCGCCCUGGGCGCCGAGAAGAAGCCGGGUGAAGCCACCAAAGGCGGUGCUGGCCGUGGGGACAUGCUGGCCCACUCCGACCCCGACCACAGGGAGAGCUCGAGAGCAUCCAAGGGAGAGAGAGGUACCAAGGGCCACUUGAAUGCCCAUGCCCGGGUGAAAGCUGGGGGCCACAGUCCCAAAGGGGCACAAGGGAUCGUGGACCGGGCAGACGAACUGUCCGACUUCUCCGACAUCCGGAGGUGAAAAAAGGCACCAGCUCCCCUUCCCCCCCAUCCUCCCCCUCCACCGGAAUCCUCCUGAGUUCCAUCUUCCCGUCUAUGGACAUUCCAAAGCAUUUCCCAUUCAGAGGUCAAGCACAGGGCAUUGCAAGAUAUAUAUGGACCUCGGCAACAGUGUAUAUAGUAGCAAAGGGAGAGCAGUGGCAAUGGGUUAUCGAUCCAGCAAACUCGACACUCGAGCAGCCACCAAACGUGGCAAAAUGUCUCCAACUAAAUUCUUUUCCCCUUUUUUAUGAAACAGACAUAAUCUGAAAUUUAGGAUCUUGUUUGGGAAUUGUUGGGUUGGUUUUGGGGUUUGUUUUGUUUUUUUCCCUUGGUCUCCUUGGCUGGGGAGACUGUUCCAAGAGGGCUCUGCCAGACUGCAUGUGGCUGCUUGUGGCUUAGCACCUCCAAAGGUCUAGGGCACGGCCUUACAGCAGAUGGCUGAAUUCCAAAGGGAUUUGGUUUCUGCUUGUGGCUGAGAACACAAGAGCUCCAGGCUCUCUAUGUGAAGCUCUCUAAUGAAGUAGCUGCCCCGUCUCUCGCAGAGGAACCGUGCGGUCUGGAGCUCCACCACUUUCUCUUAACUAACUUCUGAGCCAUUGUUCCCACCUGGGUGACGCUGCCUGGUUUAAGUGCCCCCCUGUUUGUUUUGAACCACUGCAUAACUUGACACUUGCUAAUCACAGUAUCAUACCCAGUCCCUUCAGCGUAUCACAGGCGAGUAGUCAGCUUCCAGACAAGGCAAUGUGACUGUUAAAGACUUGCACAGUGUGGAGGACCCCCAAAAGUAUUCUUGUGGACCUCUAAGAACCCUGUGCAUAUUCUCUGCUUACAUCUGCCCCUUCAGUGAUACAGGUCUUCCACCCUUAUAGACAGCCCAAGCCUAAAGGGAUGGGUGUGGGCUCAGACAGCGAAGGACCCCAUGUGUUUUUCUGUAGGGCUGCGUUGAAGGCCCAUCAGAAAUCUGUCUCUCCUUAGCAGUAGCGUGGUAUGGUUUGCUGAGAUGUGGAGCCCCACUCUAACCUGCCUAUAGCUAUGGUUUAUCCAAAUGCCAAAGAUAAGGAGAGGGGAUUGACUCGGGUUUUUUAAUUGUUGUGCAGAUAAUGACCACCAGUCUCCACAGAGUGAGUUAGUAAAGAUGAAGAGUGUCAAGAGCUUAUUGUCUUUAAGCAGUUUCAAGUGUGAAUGAGGUGUUUGGCCAUAUCUCUCCUACCCCCUAUGCAAUUGUAAUUCUCAGGUUGCAGCUCUGCAAUCCUAUAUCCCCAGAUAUUGUACUGGAAGUGGAGGUUACGGCAUCCACGAGGACAGAAGGGCGAGCUCUCAGCUUCCUCGAGAGAAAAAGUGAGUUUUCUUAGAAAGUGGGAAUCACACCAGGGAUUUGAGCCUUCUCAUUUAGAAAGUUUGGGAGGAAAGCUGUGGGGGCAGGAAGGCAGUUCAGCAGGGACAGAACGUACCCAGUGAACUAACGUACGUCUUGUCGCAUGGUGGGAAGGAGCUGCAUAAGCAGUAGAGGGUGUUGGAAUUUGGCUACAAUUUCCAACUCAGAUUUCAGUUACUGCUGAGUGAACACGGCUCCUAAUAGCUGUAUUCAGGGUUUAAUGCAUGGAUCCACCCGCGGAAGGUAGAGGCACUGCUUUUAAUAGCAACCACGUAGGAAGUGAGAGAGGACAGUUAAGUUGAAAAGGUGUGUCCCUGUGAUCACCAGGUCUCUGCUCUAAAGACAUGACCCUGAUCCUGCCUGAUUUUAGCAAAGUUCUCUGAUAACAUUUUUGUUUGACUCAAGUGGGAAGAGGUGGGAUCAGGCCAGAUGCUAUAGCAACAAAGACCAUGGUGAUGUGCCAGUGGGUGUGGCAGCUGCGCCACUGGGCUGGUGACAGCUCUGCCAUCCCUGGGGCACCCAGGCUGUCCCAUGGAGCAGCUUGGGAAGGUUGGUUUGGGUCUGAGUGUUGGCCACCUCCUCUGCUCCAAAAGGUGGCUGCUGGUGGUACCAUGAGAAGGUUUCUAGCAUGUGCCUCCGUGGGUUUCCUGCAAGCGUCCUCCCCCCCGGUGGCACAGAGCCACCACGAAGAACAAGCUCAAACCAAAAAGACAAUCCAAGCAUUUUAGCAAAAA